GAGGAGGAGUUAGCUGGCUGGCAGUCUUUACUGACCACUGGAACAGCGUCUCCCUCUCUCCCUCUCUCCAGCACACCAACUUGGAGGUGCAAGUCCUUCCCUUACCAGCACCCACUUCAUCUCAGCACAGGUCUUGGCUGUGACCAGCUUCAACAGUCAUGGCACCCAAGAAGAACAAGGCCGCUAAGAAGAGCAAAGCAGACAUCAAUGAGAUGACGAUCAUGGUGGAAGACAGCCCAAUCAACAAAAUCAACGGGCUGAACACCCUUCUGGAAGGAGGCAAUGGUUUUAGCUGCAUCUCGACAGAGGUCACCGACCCUGUCUAUGCUCCUAACCUCCUGGAAGGCCUCAGCAACAUGAGACAAGAGAGUUUCCUGUGUGAUCUGACGGUAGCAACCAAGUCCAAGUCCUUCGAUGUGCACAAAGUUGUGAUGGCCUCCUGCAGCGAGUACAUCCACAACAUCCUCAAGAAGGACCCAGCCAUCCAGAAGAUCGACCUCAGCGACCUGUCCCCGGUCGGUCUGGCCACAGCCAUCACGUAUGCCUACUCCGGAAAGCUGACCCUGUCACUGUACACCAUCGGCAGCACAAUUUCUGCAGCUAUGCUCUUGCAGAUCAACACGCUGGUGAAGAUGUGCAGCGACUUUCUGCUGCAGGAGAUUAGCGUGGAAAACUGCAUGUACGUGGUCAACAUUGCCGAUACGUACAACCUGAAAGAAACGAAGGAAGCGGCUCAGAAGUUCAUGCGCGAGAACUUCAUUGAAUUCUCAGAAAUGGAGCAGUUCCUCAAGCUCACCUAUGAGCAGAUCAGCGAUUUCCUGACAGACGACUCCCUGCAGCUGCCCUCUGAGCUCACAGCCUUCCAGAUCGCCAUCAAGUGGUUGGACUUUGAUGAGAAGAGACUGAAAUAUGCCCCUGACUUGCUGACACACAUUCGCUUUGGAACCAUCUCACCCCAGGACCUGGUCAGCCAUGUGCAGACCGUCCCCAGGAUGAUGCAAGACCCUGAGUGUCACCGCCUGUUGGUGGAUGCCAUGAAUUACCACCUGCUGCCUUACCAGCAGAACAUCCUGCAGUCCCGAAGAACCAAGGUCCGCGGUGGCCGAAGAGUGCUGCUUACCGUGGGUGGACGACCUGCCUUGACUGAAAAGUCCCUCAGCAGGGACGUUCUCUAUAGAGAUGAGGACAGCAUUUGGAACAGAUUGACCGAGAUGCCUGCGAAGAGCUUCAACCAGUGUGUGGCUGUGCUAGAUGGCUUCCUCUAUGUGGCUGGUGGUGAAGACCAGAAUGAUGCCAGGAACCAAGCAAAACAUGCUGUCAGCAAUUUCUGCAGGUAUGACCCCCGAUUCAACGCAUGGAUCCACCUCACCAGCAUGAUUCAGAAGCGUACACAUUUCAGCCUGAACACCUUCAACGGUCUCCUGUUUGCUGUGGGUGGACGUAACUCCGAUGGCUGCCAGGCUUCUAUCGAGUGCUACGUUCCAUCCUCCAACCAGUGGCAGAUGAAGACCCCAAUGGAAGUUCCAAGAUGCUGCCAUGCCAGCACAAUCAUAGAUGGCAAGAUCCUGGUAACCGGCGGUUACAUUAACAACGCCUAUUCCAGGGCCGUGUGCUCUUAUGACCCAUCGACGGAUAGCUGGCAGGAUAAAAACAGCCUGAGCACCCCAAGAGGCUGGCAUUGUUCCACCACUGUGGGCGAUCGAGCUUACGUUCUCGGAGGCAGCCAGCUUGGCGGUCGCGGCGAGAGGGUAGAUGUCUUGGCGGUGGAAAGCUUCAACCCUCAUUCUGGCCAGUGGAGCUACGUUGCCCCCUUGCAUACAGGAGUGAGCACAGCUGGCGUUGCCACCCUGAAUAGCAAGAUUUACCUCCUGGGCGGCUGGAACGAAGUUGAGAAGAAGUAUAAGAAAUGCGUUCAGGUGUACAACCCCGACCUCAACGAAUGGACUGAGGACGACGAGCUGCCCGAGGCGACGGUGGGCAUCUCUUGCUGUGUCAUCACCAUCCCCACCCGUAAAACGCGAGAGUCCAGGGCCAGCUCGGUAUCGUCUGCUCCAGUCAGCAUAUAGCUGAUGAUACAGGGUGGUUCGAUAUGCUCAAUGAUGCCGAAAUAGGUGAUCUCAAACUUUUCCUGUCAGAUGUCCACACUGAACUUCAAAUUUAAAAUAAUCCCACAAACUUCCCUUUUCACAUCGACAAGCUUAAUAUGCUUUAAUACAUUUUUAUUACAGUGAACAUCACCUGUUAUUUAUGGGCGACAUCUUUUAUAAUUCGCUUUUAAUAAAUUGCUGAUUGCCUUUUAAUGUUUUUAAUUUUUUCGAUGAAUUUGGAAGUGUAAAAAUGGUUCAAAGCUUGUGUACACAGUAAUUAGAAAUCUGCAGUUGGGUUAGGAAUAACAACUCCGCAGCUUUCAGACACACCUCCUUUAAUAGUUACACUGGGGCCAAUUCUUCUGUAAUUAUCGGUCCUUCUCAAUAACAAGGCAGAUGUAGGACACGGUACGGUGCCAAUAUGCCAAACCUGGUCUUUUAAAAGUCACAAAAUAAUGAUAUUUAGGUCUGUAGACAAUUAUAUAUGAUAUACUUUACAUAUCAUAUAUAUUUAUUUAUACACAAAUUACUUUGUGAUGCAAAAUGAUGUCUGUAUCAGCAGAUAUUUGGCAAAAAAUUGCAGAGAUAUUUAAACUUGACCAAUAUUUCCAACCAGUAUUAAAAUAUCAACAUUUUAUUAAUGUUUGUGUGUCAGCAUCCGCUGAUACAUACAUAAUAUCCCAUCAUAUUCCCAUAGUGGAGCAUCCCUAAGAUUAACAGUCUAUUUAAAGAGUAAUUUACUAGAGAAAGAACAAUAAGCAGAACUUUUUCAGAGCUCUGAUAGUAGAGCUCCUUAGACAUGUCACACAUGCUGCAGCAAGCUCAACAUGAUUUAAUACAAACUGACAUGUAAUGAUUACACUUCAGUUCACCCGGGCGUACCUACCAGGUGUAGGCGUGUUAGAAGCAGUUCAGUUUUACUUUCCCGUCCAGCGCUUGAACAGAAAAUCUAAACAGCGCUCCUCAAAAUACUACAGAGGAACCACCUUCACCACCCAAAGACAGGAAACCUGACGUGAGUCAUAAUAAAAGUUUGAGAGUUCAUUGUGUGGAGGCUUGUGUUGUAAAAUGGUUGAAUGAGGUGAAGCAAUGUUCCUGAUCUCUCUGGGUGAAUUCCUGACAGUUCACGACUUGAAUUGUUCUUGGAAACUGAAUAAUGUGAUGACCGCACACAGUGAUGUGUUGUAUUUGGGGGGAGAUGGCUACUCGAGAGAAGAAGCGUUUGUAAUUAUGCUGAUUCAUCAUGUCCACGUUCUACAUAUUUAUUAAAGGUUCCUAUAAAAUGUU